AUGUCUCAAACACGAGAAGGAGAAGCUUCGAGAACAACGAUAUCAGAACUGGCACUGGACCAAGACAUAGGAGAGUUGGUAGAAACGAUAGUAGGAAUGGAUCCAAACCAAGACAUCUCCAUCUCACCUAAUUGGUCAUUUGAAAGAAGAGCUGAACCUCGCGGCGAUGCAACGAGAAGACCACCUCCUAGCGUAGCAUCCUCAGCAGUCGCCAUAUCUUCCGAUACCCUUGAGCGUCUUCGCGAGGCCGCCCAAGAUUAUGGCCAUCUCAACCCAUUCUUUCGAGAGGCCGAUGAAACUUUCGCCGAUGAGAUGACCGCAGCUUAUGGUGCGUCAGCAACUCCGAUACCUCUGUUGGUCCCUCUUGGUGAUGGCUUUCAUAUACCAUUCUACGCAGUGCUUCUCAGCAGUGGGUAUACGAGUCAGAGAUGUUGGGAAGUCUACCACAGAGGACUCUUGACUAUCAUGCAAAGAGUCGCUAGAGAGAUGGGUGUGUCCAAUACACUGCCUGUCAUGUAUUUGAGAGAAACGCUCUACGACAAUCAUGUUUUUGAUGGUAUAGGAGAGUAUAUGAGGGAGAGGGAGAUGGCCUCUGCUUCUGUUCCACAAGGAGAGUGGCCCCAGGAUUUUUCGUCCAUUUUCGACACCUACACUUGA